AAAUAUAUGUACAUACAUACAUAUGUAUGUAUUUUCAGUCAGGUUGAAUGCAUUGCGCGCUGCUGCUGCCGUGUCCGGUUUUGACAUUGUUGUUCUUGUUGCUGCUGUCGGCGCCGUAAUACUGUAAUAUACUUAAAAUAAAGUAGUCGCAUAAAUAAAAACGGCAACAACAAUAAGGCAGAAGUAGAGCGUAAUUGUGCACAAAAGUAACAAGAAAAUAACAUAAUACAUACAUAGCGCAAAAAGACAAUAUUCAACAAAAACAAUAACGGUUAAGUUGAGCGAUUGUGCGUACGUCGUGCUGUGUGUGCGUGUGCGAAAGAUUCCGAAUCAGCACAAAUUCUUAAUCUUGGCCAGCAAAAUGGGUGCCUGUGUCUGUCGCAUGAAUCCCGAUAAUGAGACGAUGAGCGUAUCAUCGGCGAGCGUGUCACGCCAGCCCAGCGCAGGUAUCGCUUUGGGCGGCGCUGCUCGCAAGAAUCGUCCACUUUGCCAUGAGACCAUACGCUGGCGUUCCGAUGUACCACUCACCGAGGGCCAGCUGCGCUCUAAACGAGAUGAGUUUUGGGACACGGCCCCGGCAUUUGAUGGACGCAAAGAGAUUUGGGAUGCAUUGCGUGCGGCCACGAAUGCAGCGGAAGCUUUAGAUUGGAGCAUGGCGCAAGCCAUACUCGACGGCGCUAAUGUUUCUGUGCCAAAUGGCUACCUCACAGAAUGCUACGAUGAGCUGGGCACACAGUACAAAGUUCCCAUCUAUUGCCUCUCAUAUCCCAUCAAUAUUGUGAAGGAGGAGAAUGGCCGCGACUCGCCGGCGGAAUACUCAGAGCCUGUUGAUGGCGGCACUGAAAUAUGCUUAAAGUUGCGUAUAUCAUCGACAAUGACUGACGUAAAACUGCCAGUAUACUCAAAAGAUACGGUGGGCCAAUGCAAAAAGAAGUUGCAGGCCAUUGAAGGCGUCGAUGCUUGCUGCCAGCGAUGGUUCUACAGCGGCAAGCUGUUGGGCGACAAAGUGCCAAUCGAUGAGUGCAGCAUACAGCCGGGCUAUGUGGUGCAAGUGAUUGUUAAUAUCGAACAUUAUAAUCACGACAAUAGCACGAGUACGAUACAAAUGGCGCUCUCAAGCUAGCGGCGCACUAAACACAAACUAGUCAGUUACUGCAAAACAGCUAAAAACAAGAAGUCGUGCCGGAAAAGUUACAAUAAAAAUCAGCAACAACAACAGCAAGAAGCCAUAACUCAGUCGCUGAACGACAGCAGCAUUAAUAAUCGUAGCAACAACAACAAUGAGCCACAGCGCCGUCAAACAUACUCAGUGUGUAGCACAAAGGAAUUAAUUGCAAGAUGCAACUGUAAAUGUAAUAUUAAGCAGCAUAGGCAACAACAAAAUACGUACUGCAUUUAUCAAAAGCAACAAUUUAAAAUUGUUGUUGUCACAAUUUGCACAACGCUAGUGGUUUCGUUGUUGUUGUUAUCUUUGUUAUGCUUUUGUAUCAUACAAUGAAUGCUGUAGGCAGUAAAAUUAAAGGGAGGAGAAAACAACAUUAUUAAUACAUAUACAUAUAUAUUUUUUUGAUAAUAAUUGUAUGGAUACGAACACACACACACAAACAAAAACAAAUACAAGCAGCUGUAUUGAAAGAAAAAAAAUCUAUAAAAAAUUUGAGUACUGCGUAUGAAAUAAAGCAAGUGGAAAAUUAUAUAUAUAUACAAUGUACAUUUUGAUAAAAAACAAAUUAAUUAUUAACUAAUUAUAAGUCUAAGCGACAGAUAUAGGAAUGAAGAAACAAGAAGAAAUCAAACAAAACAAGCCUAAUUUAUUUUGUAUGUAACAAGCGUAGUGAAGAAGCAAACGAAACGCAUAAAUUUGCUCUAAGUGUUAAAAUAAUAGCAACAAAAAUAAAUAUUUAGUAACAAAGUACUUUUGAUACUGUUGAAAAAAAAGAUUAAUUAAUAUAUACAAACAAGAAAUGCUAAGCACAAUGCAAACUGAGAAUGAUGUAAAAAAAAUUAGAAAAAAAGGAAAUUGUUACACACAUCUCAUUUGCUCAAAAUAGUUAAACAACUGUUCAAUUAUUGGGAAUAGUUUUGUGGAAAUAACCGAUGAGGAUGCUGAUAAGGCAUAGAAUAAACCCAAGUACCUUAUAAAUGUAUAUGAUUUUUGCUUAUGGUAUUAAAAACACAAAAACAACAUAGAAGAACACAAUUACUUUAAUUCAUCAUAAUGUGAGAUUAAAGUGAGAGAACAGAACAAGAAAAGCUAUUCGACAACGCAAAUUACAUUUUUUAUUCGCUUUUUAUUUUAUACUUGUAUGACUAAGAAUCGCAUUUUAGUCGCAACAAUUACUUUAAAAUGUUCAAUAAGUUGCGUGCUCGCUCAGUAAAAUUACAUAUUGAACACAAAAGUUGUCUCUCUUGGCCUACAUAAUUAAUUGUUCGAAUGUG